UGGAUUGUCAGGCGGGCGCCUUUGUGGGCUGUUUUUUGUUUGCUAAGGCAUCGUCAGCUCUUCUAGGCUGUGAGCGCAGAGGAGAACCGGACUGCCAGGAACCUUGGCUCUCUUCCCCCCCCCCCCCCCGUCUUUCCAUCCUUUCUUUUUCUACCGGUACCAGAGCCGAGGAACCAGAACCGGACGUGUGGAUAUAUCGGUUGUUUGUUUGUUUGUUUGUUUGCUCGGCUCGGGUGUCUGGAAGUAGAGGAGAUGAUAAACGACGGGGGAGCAGUUUGCACUGCAGCACCGGUGUGCCGUGGACAUCAGUAAUCUGUGGUUUAUUUUCACACACACACACACACACACACACACACAUUUUAACCACAGCGCUGAGCCAAACAACUGCAUCACUCAUUGCCUUCCUCGGGACAAAACGCUGGAUUACCAACACGUCCAAAAGAGGGUGGCCAUGCCUUGCCGGACGGGGAGAACAUAUGCUGCUUUGGGAGGAGGAGAAAAAGUGUGAGAGUGACAGGAGAAGACGAAACUCCGGCUAGAACCUCUCCUCCUCUACUGAUGACUGCCCUGUCGAACUGAGAAUCCCCCCCCCCCCCAGCCCAACUCCCCUGAUCUGCCCACCCCCCCACCUAGACCUCCCCUCCCCCUCCCCCCGUCCCUCCGGUGUCUCUAGUCCAAACAUGAACUCCUCCUCCGACGGGAACCAGAGCAGCUCUCCUUCGUUCUGCCUGCUGGGUGCAGUGGGAUACUCCCCCCGUCUAGACACCUGCGUGCCGGAGGCGGUAAUCAUCCUCUUCCUCACCGUGCUCAUCAUUGCUGGUAAUCUGGUGGUUAUCUUCGUCUUCCACUGUGCCCCGCUGCUCCACCACCACACCACCAGCCACUUCAUCCAGACCAUGGCAUAUGCUGACCUCCUCGUCGGGGUUAGCUGCUUGGUGCCCUCCCUCUCCCUCGUCCACUAUCUGCAUGGCCUUGACGAGGAGCUCACUUGCAAGGUGUUCGGCUACAUGGUGUCGGUGCUGAAGAGCGUCUCCAUGGCGUCACUGGCCUGCAUCAGUGUCGACCGCUACAUUGCCAUCACCCGCCCACUGUCAUACGCAACGCUGGUGACGCCAUGCCGGCUACGGGCCUGCAUCGUGCUCAUCUGGGUCUACUCUGCUCUCAUCUUCCUGCCGUCCUUCUUCGGCUGGGGGAAGCCCGGCUACCAUGGGGACAUAUUCCGGUGGUGCGCUGCCACGUGGCAGACCAACCCAGGGUUCAGCGCCGUCAUCGUGGCGCUGCUCUACGCGCCCGCCGCGCUCACCGUCUGCUUCACCUACGGGAGCAUCUUCCGCAUCUGCCGGCAGCACACCAGAGAGAUCACGCAGCGCCACGCCCGCUUCAGCUCGCAGACAGAGGGUGAAAGGGCAGAGAGGGCAGAGAGGGGCGAGCGCUGCGAGGGCUGCCCAGACCGGCGCUAUGCCAUGGUGCUGUUCCGCAUCACCAGCGUCUUCUAUGUGCUGUGGAUGCCCUACAUUGUCUACUUCCUGCUGGAGAGCUCAGGGCUGUACCGCCACAUGGUGGCGUCCUUCCUCACCACGUGGUUGGCAAUCAGCAACAGUUUCUGUAACUGCCUCAUCUAUUCCCUCUCCAACAGUGUGUUCCGGAAAGGCCUGGGCCGCCUCUUCCGCCCGUUGUUCCCGUCAUGCCUCGGCUGUACAGAGGCUAAAAAGGCGCCGCCAGCUCUGGUGACUGGGCCGCGGCCGGACCCAAAAGGUCAGGUGUAAGACCCACUAGCGAGGGGUGCCGUUUGGAUUGGUUCGGUUGGUCCUGAGGCAUUUUGGGCCCUCUGUGUGAGCUCAACACGAUAGGUGUUUUGUUUUGUUUUGUUUCUGACGCGAGAUGUGACGAGGACACCGGCGUUGAGCACAAAGAGGUGAUUGUGGAGAGGCCUCACCCCUUGGAGGCAGUUUCUGUGUGACCAGGAGCCUGCAAAGUUCUCUCGGGUAGCUCUGGAAUGAUUUCCCAACUGGACACUGCCAAGUCAUAGUAGCGUCGACAAGAGAAUGCCGGAUACCAGGAUGACAACUGAAAUGACAGACUGAAGGAACAGGGUCCACUUCUAGUUGUGUGAAGGAAGUAAAUCAACAAAGACAUUUUCUGAGGUCCAUUUGGAGAAUGAAAUGCAACCUGCACUAACCUAACAACUCCCAUAUGCAAAAAAAAACAACAAAAGACCGCACAAGACGACUGGUGUUGUGCAAUCCAGUAAAAUGCAACAAAAAAAACAAAAAAAACAAAACAAAAAAAAUUAAGAUAAUAAUAAUAAUGUUGUGAGAAGUCUUUCCAAGGCUGACUGUAAAAUCUGUUAUGUGUCUCGGUCUCUUCAGGGUAGAAUUUAGUGAUGCAAAAAAAAAAAAAAAAAACCCCACAAAAAAAAAAAACCACUUGACUCAGACUACUGAUCUGUUUCCCCUUGGGAACAACACGUACUAAUAAGUUGAUUUUAUGUAUGAAAAAGAAAGUCUUUCAGCCUUCUAAUCAUCUGAUAAUCACCCGAUGUGUCCUGAGAGCGUGUGUUUAGAUGGGGCGGACUCGGGGUUGACUAGUUUCAGGCCAUUUCUCGGAGAGAAUCUGGAGUUUUUGUUUUGUUUUUAUUAUUAUUAUUUUCAGGGCCUCGUGUAUUUUAUCAAAUGUAUUAUUCUCUCUUGAAGCUGAGAGUUAAUAACAAGCUCUGAGAACGUUUACACAGUCUGGAGUUUCACAGGAAAAUGUUGAUUUAGGAAUUAGCUUUAUUUCUCAAGAUGGCCACUGACAUGCCCGCUUGGCAUUGUGGGAAUUGUUGUUUUUUCUUCUUCUUCUUCUGUUGACUGACUGAUGAGUAGCAUCCGAUCUCUUCAAGGAGACAAGUUCAUACAUGUAUUGGAGAGUUUUAUUCUCUGUGUCCUUCCUCCUCAGGUUUAUAUCCUCUGGUCUGUUGCCUUUAACCCAUUUAAAAUAGCAAUUCUCUAAAAUAAUGGGCCAUGUCACCCCACGGUAACCUCACAAGAUAACAUAGCCCAUCUUAAUGUCUUCACAGCGUCCAUCUUGAGGAUAACUGAGAUUUUUGAGAUCCACAGAAUCCAAAAUGCGAAGGCAGCCUUUCAUUUUACCCCUGAACCCAUAUGCUCUUGUAACCCUGUCCUCUCCUGUUAGCCUGCUAGCUGUCCUCUCCUGUUGGUCCGCUAGCUGUCCUCUCCUGUUAGCCUGCUAGCUGUCCUCGCCUGUUGGUCCGCUAGCUGUCCUCUCCUGUUAGCCUGCUAGCUGUCCUCUCCUGUUAGCCUGCUAGCUGUCCUCUCCUGUUGGUCCGCUAGCUGUCCUCUCCUGUUGGUCCGCUAGCUGUCCUCUCCUGUUACGUCCUGUUAGCCCACUAGCUGUCCUCUCCUGUUAGCCCGCUAGCUGCUAGCUGUUGACAGCAGUCCAGCAGCAGCAACGUGGAGGAGAAGGACACAUUUCUGAAAUGUGAAGGUCUGAGUGCCUUCUUAGCAGUCGAGGAGAGCCUGUGGCUUUUUGACAAA